GGCUAGGAGGAGGUGGGGAGGGGUGGUGCGACCCUCUGUCCCCGCCCCGGAGGCGGAGCGAGGUCCGAGCCUGAGGAGCCUGACACCGCUGGAAAUCGGUCCCGGCCUUCCUCCCCUGCUCCCGCCUCUCCCCCGCCCCCGCCCCUUUCGGGGAGACCCGACCCCCUCCUUCUGUCCGCCGCCCACAAGACCCAGUAUUCCCGAUCCCCCGGCCCUCGGGCCCCGGCGUCUGUGCAGGUGCAGCGCGCCACCUCCCUCCCACCCCGGCGCAUCCCUCUGGGCGGCCAUGGCGCGAGGAGACGCCCCACAAGACAGCUACCACCUGGUCGGGAUCAGCUUCUUCAUCUUGGGCCUGGGCACGCUCCUUCCCUGGAACUUCUUCAUUACGGCCAUCCCGUACUUCCAGGGCCGGCUGGCAGGGGCCAACACCACCACCACCACCGGCACCCUGGACAGCAACCACACCGUCCCCGCAGACGCCUUCAACUUCAACAACUGGGUGACGCUGCUGUCCCAGCUGCCCCUGCUGCUCUUCACUCUCCUCAACUCCUUCCUGUACCAGUGCGUCCCUGAGACGGUGCGGAUUCUGGGCAGCCUGCUGGCCAUCCUGCUGCUCUUCGCCCUGACGGCGGCGUUGGUCAAGGUGGACAUGAGCCCUGGGCCCUUCUUCUCCAUCACCAUGGCGUCUGUUUGGUUCAUCAACUCCUUCUGUGCAGUUCUGCAGGGCAGCCUCUUCGGGCAGCUGGGCACCAUGCCUUCCACCUACAGCACCCUCUUCCUCAGUGGCCAGGGCCUGGCUGGGAUCUUCGCUGCCCUGGCCAUGCUCAUGUCCAUGGCCAGUGGCGUGGAUGCCCAGACCUCCGCCCUGGGGUACUUCAUCACACCCUGCGUGGGCAUCUUCAUGUCCAUCGUGUGUUACCUGAGCCUGCCCCACCUGGAGUUUGCCCGCUACUACCUAGCCAAGAAACCGUCACAGGCGCCAGGGCAGGAGCUGGAGACCAAAGCUGAGCUCCUCCAGUCUGAUGAGAAGAACGGUAUUCCCAACAGUCCCCAGAAGGUAGCCCUGACUCUGGAUCUGGACGCUGAGAAGGAGCCAGAACUGGAGCCUGAGGAGCCCCAGAAGCCAGGAAAACCUUCAGUUUUCAUUGUCUUCCAAAAGAUCUGGUUGACGGCGGUGUGCCUUGUGCUUGUCUUCACUGUCACUCUGUCUGUGUUCCCUGCAAUCACCGCCAUGGUGACCAGCUCCACCAGUCCUGGGAAGUGGAGUCGGUUCUUCAACCCCAUCUGCUGCUUCCUUCUCUUCAACAUCAUGGACUGGGUAGGACGGAGCCUGACCUCCUACUUCCUGUGGCCGGACGAGGACAGCCGGCUGCUGCCUCUGCUUGUCGGCCUGCGAAUCCUGUUCGUGCCACUCUUCAUGCUGUGCCACGUGCCCGAGAGGUCCCGGCUGCCCGUCCUCUUCCCACAGGAUGCCUACUUCGUCACUUUCAUGCUGCUCUUCGCUGUCUCCAACGGCUAUCUGAUGUCCCUCACCAUGUGCCUGGCGCCCAGGCAGGUGCUACCACACGAGAGGGAGGUGGCUGGCACGCUCAUGACCUUCUUCUUGGCCCUGGGGCUCUCCUGUGGAGCCGCCUUUUCCUUCCUCUUCAAGGCUCUGCUCUGAAGUGUUCCGUCCAGGGCUCGCCCACAGCUCUCUCCUCGCUGCCCCUUGGGAGCUGAGACCCCAACGCAGGGGGAAUGGCGAGCCAGGUUCAAGCCUCUGCUGGGCGGGGGCCCCUUGGUCUGGAGGUGCCAGGAGGAGGCGGGGUGCUCUCCUUCCCGGGCUGGUGUCCACUUGGGAGCUGCAAGGAAAAAUUCACCAGCGGUCAUUCUGACCCUCACCCAGGAAUGGAGCCGACACACAGAGACGGACUAUUUAGAGAUGCGCAAGACCUCAUCCCAAGGGCGCCGAUCAGGGAAAAGACGGCCAGGAGUCUAUCUGUUAAUUUCAAGAAAUGCGCUUGCUGAUCUGUGGGGGUCGGAGGCCACCAGUGGGGUCUUGCCAAGGGUGUGGCUGGUGGGGCCCAGCCUCUGGCUGAGAGUGGGAGUGGGGAGUUGCUCGUCUCCCCAGGCUGCAGUAACCCCAGGAUCAAAUCUCUCAGACCCCAGGGCAGAGGAUGCCAGGGAAGCUGAGGGCAGCGGGGAGAAGGAGCAGACAUUAGGGAUCUGAGGGUACUCACGGGACCCUGUGGGGCUUAAACAGUGUUUUCAUUGCCAACACCUAACUGUCUCCACUCCCCAGAGCCUGGCUGGGCCUCGGUCUCGGAGCUGCAGUGGGCUUUCACGGGUGCGCGUCUCUUUACAGUGUGCAAAGCUCUUCUGUCCCCGAGUCACACUGAGACCUUUGGGGGGAGCCAGGUAGGGAUCGUGCGCUCCCCGCGUGCAGGUGAGGAAACCAAGUCUCGGGGGGAAACGACUGGUCCGUGGCAGAGCCGGGACCCAGCCCCCACCCCCUCCUCCCUGGAGGUGCUGUUCUUCCUGCCCACUACCUGCUUCUCUUUCCUUCAAGAGGCUCAAGGCAGGAGUCCUAAGCGCUUACUCCACGUUUUGGCUGUUCCUCCCUCCAAUCCUGCUCCUGGGUCUAAUAACAACCUUCUUCAUUUGUA